AUGGAUAGUGAUGGAGACGGAAUAGGCGAUCUUAAUGGAAUCACAUCUAAAUUGGAGUAUAUAAAGGAGUUAGGAGUUGAUGCCGCAUGGAUUACACCUUUCUUUAAAUCACCUAUGUACGAUUUUGGAUAUGAUAUAUCCGAUUUCUACAACGUCCAUGAUGAGUACGGUACUAUGGAAGAUUUUGACAAACUGAUGAUUAAAGCAAAAGAAUUUGAUAUUAAAAUAAUCUUAGACCUGGCACCAAAUCACGGUAGCAAUGAAAGUUUAUGGUUUCAAAAGGCUCUUGAAGGCGAUAAGAAAUAUUUCGAUUACUUUAUAUGGGAAGAUGGAGUAGUUGAUGAAAACGGAAAACUGCAUCCACCAACUAAUUGGAUUAGUGUAUUUCGCAAAAGUGCUUGGGAAUACAGACAAGAAACUGGUAAAUAUUACCUCCAUCAGAUCACCACUGCUCAGCCAGAUUUUAACUACCGGAAUCCUAACGUGGUUGAGGAGAUGAAGAAUAUUAUUCGCUUCUGGCUCGACAAGGGUAUAGCAGGAUUAAGAGUAGGGGCUAUCAAUCAUCUGUUUGAAGUAGACAAGGAGAAACAUGGUGGGAAGUAUCCUGAUGAACCUUUGUCUGGUAAAAGCCUUGAUGAUCCACUCAAUCAUGCUUAUCUGAAUCACAUUUAUACGAAGAACCAGCCUGAGUCUUAUGACAUGGUUUAUCAAUGGCGUGAUAUUUACGACGAAUACCAAGCAAAAGAUGGAUUUAGUAGAGUAAUGAUGAUUGAAGUAUAUUCAACGCCGCAGGAUACAAUGAAGUAUUUCGGCGAAGGUGGCCGCACUGGAGCUCAUCUUCCCUUCAAUUUCGCACUAAUUACGGAUGUCAAUGGACAAUCUACUGCAAAUGAAAUCAAAUAUGCAAUUGAUAAAUAUUUAACUUUUAAACCUAUUGAUAAAUUGGCUAACUGGGUGACUGGAAACCAUGAUCAAAGUAGAGUUGCGUCUAGAUACAGUCCAAAGUUAGUAGACGCAAUGAAUAUGCUAUCAAUGCUGCUCCCAGGAAUAAGUGUAACAUAUAUGGGUGAAGAAAUCGGCAUGAUAGACGGUUUUGUCAGCUGGGAAGACACAGUGGACCCAGGCGGCUGCAAUUCUGACGAUCCAAUAAAUUACUGGAGAUAUUCUCGGGAUCCAAAUAGAACUCCCUUUCAGUGGAACUCUGACAAAAAUGCUGGUUUCUCCACUGCAAACAAGACAUGGUUACCGGUCGCAGAAGGCUAUGAAAACCUGAACGUCGAGGCGCAGCGUGGAAUUGAGCGGUCACAUCUGAAUAUUUACAAGAAACUUGCUCGUCUUCGUAGAGAACCCGCAUUUAGAUUUGGGAGAUUUGAAUCGAUUGCUUUGAACGACGAUGUGUUUGCAUUCAGAAGGUAAUGUUACGGUAUUC